ACUGACGGCGGUGGGCUUGGGACCGAAAUCGCUGGUGGGCUGCGCGUCUUCCGGUCCCUUGCCGGGCGCUGGGCCUGCUCUCCUGUCACCCUCGCCGUGCGGCGGCCCCCGGCAGCACCAUGGCUUGGAUGUGCAUGAGAGAUUCUGCCUGGAAAUACUUACAAUCUGCCCAUCUUGGAGGAGAUAGGAACUAUUCCCAUUAUACCUCUCGUGAUUUUUAUUCCCAGUUUGGGUUAGAAGACUUUCUAUCUACAGAUGACAUUCCUGGGACAGAUGAAGAUACAGAUUCAGCUGUUUUAUUUGGAACCUUGCGAGGAAAUGUGGUUGGAUUACGUUAUUACACAGGGGUUGUUAACAAUAAUGAAAUGGUUGCACUUCAGAGAGAGCCCAGUAACCUCUAUGAUAAAAAUGCAGUAAAAGUAAACAAUGUGAAUGGAAACCAGGUAGGCCACAUCAAAAAAGAACUUGCAGCGCCCUUGGCGUACAUCAUGGACAACAAGCUAGCAAUAGUUGAAGGGGUUGUCCCUUAUGGAGCAAAGAAUGCCUUUACUAUGCCUGUACAAAUGAGUUUUUGGGGAAAAGAAGAAAAUAAGCAAGCUGUUCUAGAUGAACUGAAAAUGCAUGGAUUUAAAUUGGCUCCUCCUUCAAAAAGUUCAGAAUUUGGAUUUGGAUCAAGCUGGGUUUCUGGGAGAGCUGGACCAAGCUACAGUGCUCCAGGACAUGCUGCUGUGCAGAUGACAACAGAACAGCUUAAAAGUGAGUUUGACAAAUUGUUUGAAGAUCUGAAAGAAGAUGAUAAAACUCAUGAAAUGGAAGGAGCAGAGGCUGUUGGAACACCAUUACUUCCACACCAAAAGCAGGCUUUAGCUUGGAUGGUUUCACGUGAGAACAGUAAGGAGUUGCCACUGUUUUGGGAAGAGAAAAAUAACUUCUACUAUAAUACACUUACAAACUUCGCUGAAAAAGAACGACCAGAAAAUGUUCUUGGAGGAAUACUGGCUGAUGAUAUGGGAUUGGGUAAAACACUUGUAACAAUUGCAUUGAUUCUUACCAACUUUCAUGAUGGCAAACUUCUUCCUGUUGAAAAGAUUAAAAGCGAUCAGUUGCAUAAGGAAUCUGUUGUCACUGGUGUGAAAAAUGAAGGACAUGAACUUUUGAAAGAGGCCAGCUGUAAUGUGGAGCCCAACAUUUCUAAUGUAAAGAAGAAGAGUGAAACUGUUCAGUCACAAUUUUCUAGUUCCCGACCAAAAAGAGCUAAAGCUGAGAAACCCAAAUAUACAGUAAGCAGUGACUCAGAAGAAUCUGAAGAGUGGCUACCACAACAAACAAGAACCAAAUGUGAAAAAGAUCUCCCAGCAACCAGAAAGAGAAGUAAAACAGCUUCUUGCAUUAUCCAAGAAGACACAGGCUUUGCGUCUGCUCUUGCAUCUCCAUCCGCUCCAUUAAAAAAGAAAGCAAAGAAAAAAGGUACUGCAAGUGUACAGUCUGUUAAGAAAAAUGAUUCUGAAGAGGGUCCCAGAACAACACUGAUCAUAUGUCCGCUCUCUGUCCUAAGCAACUGGAUUGACCAGUUUGAACAACAUAUCAGGCCAGAUGUUCACUUGAAUAUAUAUGUUUAUUAUGGUCCUGACCGCAGCAAAGACCCAUCAUUUCUUUCAAAACAAGACAUAGUACUAACAACCUACAACAUUUUAGCCAGCGAUUAUGGAAGCAGAGGCGAUAGCCUGUUACACAGAUUAAAGUGGCUGAGAGUGGUGUUGGAUGAGGGGCACACAAUUCGAAACCCAAAUGCUCAGCAAACUAAAGCUGCAUUAAAUUUGGAGGCACAGAGAAGAUGGAUACUGACAGGCACUCCUAUCCAGAAUUCCUUAAAGGAUUUGUGGUCUCUUCUCUCCUUUUUAAAACUGAAACCUUUUACUGAUAGAGAGUGGUGGCACAGAACAAUCCAGCGCCCUGUCAUGCUGGGAGAGCAAGGGGGACUGAGGCGUUUACAGUCCCUAAUUAAAAACAUCACCCUUAGGAGAACGAAAACAAGCAAAAUUAAAGGAAAGCCUGUUUUGGAGUUACCAGAACGUAAGGUAUUUAUUCAGCAUGUUACGCUUACAGAGGAAGAGAGAAAAAUCUAUCAGUCUGUGAAGAACGAAGGCAAAGCUGCUAUUAGCAGGUAUUUUAAUGAAGGAACUGUUCUAGCACAUUAUGCAGAUGUCCUUGGUGUCUUGCUCAGAUUGAGGCAGCUGUGUUGCCAUCCUCAUCUUUGCACAAAUACAUCGUCUUCCAGUUGUCAAAUAGGUGAUAGUACUCCUGAAGAAUUACGUGAGAAGUUAGUAAAUAAAAUGAAGUUGGUUCUCAGCUCUGGCUCAGAUGAAGAAUGUGCAAUUUGCUUGGAUUCUCUGAACCUUCCUGUGAUAACACACUGCGCACAUGUGUUUUGUAAACCAUGCAUUUGUGAAGUCAUCCAAAGUGAACAGCCAAAUGCCAAAUGUCCUCUUUGUAGGAACGAACUUCGAGUAGAACAUUUGGUAGAAUGUCCUCCGGAGGAGUCGGAUUCUAGCAUUGAGAAGAAGGGCGAUCGGGAAUGGAUAUCCAGUUCAAAAAUCAAUGCUCUAAUGCAUGCUUUGAUAGACCUAAGGAAGCAGAAUCCAGCUGUAAAGUGUCUGAUUGUUUCUCAGUUCACCACUUUCCUGUCUCUAAUAGAAACUCCACUGAAAGAAUCAGGGUUUGUGUUUACUCGUUUGAAUGGGUCCAUGGCACAAAAGAAGAGGGUACAAGCAAUUCAGAGCUUCCAAGACAGGCAAACAGGGUCCCCGACCAUAAUGCUGCUAUCCUUAAAAGCUGGUGGAGUUGGUUUAAAUCUGACAGCUGCUUCACGAGUGUUUUUAAUGGAUCCUGCUUGGAAUCCUGCUGCAGAAGACCAGUGUUUUGACAGAUGUCACAGACUUGGCCAGAAGCAAGAUGUUAUCAUUACUAAGUUCAUUGUGAAGGACUCAGUGGAAGAAAAUAUGCUGAAAAUCCAGAACAAGAAGAGGGAACUUGCAGCAGGAGCCUUUGCAGCUAAAAAGCUUACUGUUAGUGAAGUAAAACAAACCAAGAUCAAUGAAAUUAAGACUCUGAUUGAUUUAUAAUUUUGUAAGAGGGUAGGUCAAUCAUUCUUUCUGAAUAAAGGAUAUAGUACUAUAGUUGAUGUGGCAUUAGUUUUUAUGUGCACACACUCCAUGUUGUUUUUAUAAUUAUGCUGUUAAGGUACUUUGGCAGAUAGAAUGUAGACCUGUGAAAUCAGCCGACAAGGAUAAAAAUUGGUUUGACUAUUUAAAUUUUAAUUAAAAAAAUUCUUUAAAUAUUUUUGUACUCAUUAAACUUAUAAUAAGUCAUAUUUCAAACAUUACAGCAUUUCUGUAUACAAGUAGUUUAUUUGAGACGAGGACCAAAAAAAAUUCAAAACAGAAUUAUAUAACUUAUUUUACUGUGCAUUCUUAUUUGUAAAUUUCUGACCUAUUUCUAGACUGAAAAUGCAAAUUGUAUUUUUCUGGCGUUGAAAAUAUGACCAUCUGC